CAGCUGACGCGGCCCAACUGCGCCGUCAUCCCGGCUAUAAGCGCGCGACCUCCCGGGCUCUCCGCUUCGACCGGGCCGCCGCCGCCAUGCAGACGCCCAGCCUGCUGCCGCUGCUGCUCGCCUUCGGCCUGCUGGCCGCACCCGCCGCCGCGGUCAUCAGGAUCCCACUGCACAAGUUCACGUCCAUCCGCCGGACCAUGUCGGAGGCGAUGGGCCCCGUGGAACACCUGAUUGCCAAGGGCCCCAUCUCGAAAUACGCCACCAGGGAGCCAGCUGCGAGGCAGGAGCCAGUUCCCGAGCUGCUCAGGAAUUACAUGGAUGCCCAGUACUACGGGGAGAUCGGCAUCGGGACGCCUCCGCAGUGCUUCACGGUGGUCUUCGACACCGGCUCUGCCAACCUGUGGGUCCCGUCCAUCCACUGCAAGCUGCUGGACAUCGCCUGCUGGACCCACCACAAAUACAACAGCGGCAAGUCUAGCACGUACGUGAAGAACGGCACAACCUUCAGCAUCCACUACGGCUCAGGCAGCCUCUCAGGGUACCUGAGCCAGGACACUGUAUCGGUCCCCUGUAACCCGUCCUCGUCCAGCCCGGGCAGUGUCACGGUGCAGAGGCAGACCUUCGGGGAGGCCAUCAAGCAGCCGGGCGUGGUCUUCAUCGCGGCCAAGUUCGACGGCAUCCUGGGCAUGGCCUACCCCCGCAUCUCCGUCAACAACGUGCUGCCUGUCUUCGACAAUCUGAUGCAGCAGAAGCUGGUGGAGAAGAACAUCUUCUCCUUCUUCCUGAACAGGGACCCGAAAGCCCAGCCCGGGGGCGAGCUGAUGCUGGGCGGGAUCGACUCCAAGUACUACAGAGGCAGCCUGACGUACCACAACGUCACCCGCAAGGCCUACUGGCAGAUCCACAUGGACCAGCUGGAUGUGGGCAGCAGUCUGACCGUGUGCAAGGGCGGCUGUGAGGCUAUUGUGGACACGGGCACGUCCCUGAUCGUGGGCCCUGUGGAGGAGGUGCGGGAGCUGCAGAAGGCCAUCGGGGCCGUGCCGCUGAUGCAGGGCGAGUACAUGAUCCCCUGCGAGAAGGUGUCCAGCCUGCCUCAGGUCACCGUGAAACUGGGGGGUAAGGACUACACGCUGUCCCCGGAGGACUACACGCUCAAGGUGUCACAGGCCGGGACGACCGUGUGCCUGAGCGGCUUCAUGGGCAUGGACAUCCCCCCGCCCGGCGGGCCGCUCUGGAUCCUGGGAGACGUCUUCAUCGGGCGAUACUACACCGUGUUCGACCGGGACCAGAACCGCGUGGGCCUGGCUGAGGCCGCCCGGCUGUAGCUGGUCCCCGCCUGCUGGUAGAGUCCGGAGGAGGAGGGCCACCACACUCACACUCACGUGCACACUGCACUCACGCACCACAGCCCGGUUCUCCCGAGGCCCAUCGGGCUGCAGUUCCGCUCUGUGGCUUCCCCUCCCUGGUGUCUGAAACGUUGCUUGCUCUGUCUGUCUGUCUGUCUGUCUGUCUGUCUGUCUGUCUGUCGGGGAGGCGGCCCCGGUGCAGAGUCCCCUCUCUGACUUGGAAGACACAGCCUGUUAGGUGGCUGUGUGUCCCGGGACCCCCUCCCCGCAUGGUUCCCUCCGGCCGGCUGCCCUCCCGGUCGCUCCGCCCGCCUGUUCGUCCUGGACACCGUGAGGGAGGGGCCUGCUGAGGCCUGAGGACGAGCCGGCAAGGGUAGCAGGGGCCAGAAGCCAGUCUUGCGGGGCCGUGCCGGGGCUCGCCUCGUCGCGGAGGGCGUCCAGGGCAUUCUCUGGCCCCAGGUGGGGUGGCAUCGGAGGGGAGGGCACUGGGGCCGGCCUUCUCUGUGGCUGCCCCUUUCUUGAGUGGCUGGGAGCCAAAGUUGGCACAAAAAUAAAAUUGUUCAGGCCUCUG